AUGGCAGCCCCUCCUCGAAAGAUGAUUGAGGAUGAGGAGGAGUUCCUCAAGGACGUUGCCGCCUUCCAUGAGAAGCGAGGAACUCCCUUCGACCGCGAGGGCAAGGUCAGUGGCCGGCCCAUCUCCCUGCACAAGCUGUACAAAUUGGUCAUGGAAAGAGGCGGGUAUGAUGCUUUGUCUGCUGGGCGGAUGCAAUGGAGAACCCUUGUCAAAGAGUUUGGCUUUGGCAAAACCCAUGAGGCAGUGAUGACAUUUCAACUGAAAACAGUGUAUUACAAGAAUCUCGCUGCCUACGAGAUCGCUACAUUUUGGGGAGAAGAACCGCCGCCACGGGAAAUCCUCGAAGACAUCAGUGCGAAAGGAGGUGAUCUACGAACACGGACCCUUGAAAACUACUCUGCGCCCAACUACCGCGCUGCAAUCGACCCUGCCAUGGCGGACGGAGGAGGAGCAAAUGUAGACUCUGGCGAAGAUGAGAUCCAGGUCACGCCCAAGCGGGAGAAGACAGAGCCCGAAGAGCAAGGAAGCGCAAGCAGAUAUCCCACUCGCCAGUUGAGACAAGAUCCCAAGCGCACCCAGAUGUUCCAGCCAGACACUGCACCGACACGCAGUCGCACCGUCCGCGCGACAGACUCUCCUUCGGCACCGCCACCCCAACAGCAGCCUUACACAAACACCUCGAAUGAUCCUCGCAAUUCAGGUUUCGACUGGUUUGAUAAGUAUGAGCCUCGACAACCUGUCGCGUUGACACUGCGACAAGUUCACACUCCUGGGAAUGAUCCUUUGUAUUAUGCUCGCAAGGCGCAUGCCAAAGCCGUGACCGCGCCACGACUGCCACCCGAACCACAGCAAUUCCUCAAGUCAUCCAUUCCGGCGGCCAUGAAUGGCCCCAACAUCUACCUGAGGUGUCUCUAUGGUCUGCGAUCGGGUAUCCAAGAAGAGCAGGACUUUGCCCUCCACCAUCUGGUCAAGGUGUCAUAUGAACGUGGCGACAAGUACAAAUUCGAAGGAUUUCCCUUACUUGCCGAGUCUCUGCUAGAAAAGGCGCUGGAGAUCACACAACUGAUCUGUGGUGUCAAAUGGGAGAUCACCUACGAGGAAGACGAUGAAACCCGACCCCUCAACACUCUGAAUGCGGCCUUCGGCACAUCAAACUUGCUCGAACGCAUACAAGCCGUCACGCCAAAGGUCGUGGAUCAGGAUUUGGAAUCUGCCGAAUUCUCAGAGAGAUUGGAGAAGUUGAAGGAAGCAGUCCUCGUCCUCCGCAAUAUGGUGAUUCUCGAAGAGAAUGCUGUCUUCAUCUCCAAAUUUCCCUUGUUCAGGGACUUCCUCACAAUUGCUCAUUCACUCCCGCAUCAACCCAAAAUCGUCGAAUACAAACAGUCGGCUCUCGAAAUUACGGAGCAAGUCACGAGAUACUGGGAAAUGAAACCCAAAGACCCGCUCUACAUGUCGCUCUUGCCAUACCUCGAAUGCGAUGACAGGAGUAUGAUAAUUUCAGCCUUGCGGUCAAUCAACAGAAUCGGACUCGAAAAGCCUGAUGCGCAUCGUCUCACUGACGUUCCAUUGUCGACUGUAGAACGAAUGUUUUCGCUGCUCCUCCUCGAUGACAACGAGCUCCUGGAAAGCUCGCUCGAUUUUCUCUACAAAUACACAGCAAUCCCAGAGAAUAAUACGGAACUCCUCUCAAACGCAUUCCAUCUUCUACCAAACACCAUUUCUCGCCUCACAAGUCUUCUGCUUUACCAAUCAAUCGUCCAUGAAGAAAGCAUCGUGGAGAGGCCGAAACCUAGGCCGGCACCGAUUCCCGCCCCGAUUCCCACCAUCCCCCCUGAAGUGCAUGCGCAUCUCUUGCAGUUUGUCGAGCCCGAACGUUCAUCAAGAUGGCUCCGGUGUUGCUUUGAGGAGUCCCCGACCGAGGACAUCACACAAAUUGCUAUUUGGCAAGCAUACCAAGGCAAAUUCGCACAGAACAAUCCCGUUCCCGCGGCUGACUUUAUCAAGAAUGUGUCAAAUACAUUCGUCUCUGCUCAGGCCCAAGUCAUUAAUGGCCCAACCCCGAGAUUCAUCAUCAAGGGGAUCAAGCCGCGGAGGAUUCUGGUUGAUCUUCAAGGCCGACCUCUCUUCAAAUGUCUGUGGGAAACAUCUCGCCCGGAUACGCAGGACCCGAGCGGUCGGGUGCAUCCACGGAAUCUAUGUCCUGUCUGGCAUACAAAACGUGAAACUCUCUUCAAUCAUGUUAUGACGGACCAUCUGAAAAUCGAGAGAAAGCCUGAAGGAUCGACGUGGCGUUUCCUGCCGAAAGCUGGUGAAGAGUUUACAUGUCGCUGGGUAACUUGCACACGGGAAACUCCACUGGUGAAGUCCAACGAGUUCUCUCCUCAUUACAAAGUGCACAUCCCCUUGGCAGCCAGUGAACAGUCCAAAACCAUCCACGCAUUGGCGGGAGACAUCAAGGAUGAGGACCCCGUCCAGAUCAAGCAUGAGUGGCACUACACAGCGGUAGAUGAAAACGGCCAUCCCUGCGGCGUGCCCUGGAUGAGCAUUAUGAUUCUACGGAAUUUGGCCCGAUAUGGCAAUAAGCAUGGCCAACGCUUUGAGCAGGACGGAGUCACCCUGAACGAGAGGUUGUUUCGAGCUCAUAGGUAUGGUCUCUUUCAUGUGUUGAGUGUAAGCCGGACAUUGCGCGACUAUGUCAAUGACCUCAUUGUCAUCAUUAAGGAUGGUGAGAAAGAGGACAAGAGGGGGCUGAAGAGGGAGCGCGACGAUGAGAAUGAACAUGGAGAAUAG